AUGCCAUGGUAUGACGAUAAAAGCCUGACGCUCAGAGGAGGCGUUGUGUCAUUCCUGUCCUGCCCCCUCCACGAGCUGGAGGUCAACAUGUGCAAUCUGGACUACAAACUCGUGUUCAUUUCACUCUGCAUUUUACACCUCUUCACCCUCUGUGAAGCACGUCCCCUAAGAAAAAGGACAGUAAGUGAGGUCCAGCUCAUGCACAACCUUGGGGAGCUGAAGCAGGUGCAGGAGCGUAAGGUGUGGCUGCAGAUGAAACUCCAGGGAAUCUACACCGCCCCGGCGUGGGGCAGCAGCGAGGAGACCGGCCGAACGAGGAGAAGACUGCAUCCUGAGGAGCUGCCAGACCUGAGCGACCUGACACCGGAGGAGAUCCAGUAG